ACGGUUGCUUCUAACACAAUUGACAAAAUGCGUAUAUUUGUGAACUCUAUCGUUAUUUGCGUAGCAUCGUUUGCGAGUGUUUCCAUGGCUCAGGUGUCAUGUCCACCGAACGAAGAACUUUCAUCGUGUGGAUCGGCCUGCCCUCCCACUUGCAGCACUCCAAGCCCUGAGGCUUGUGAUACUGCCUGCAUUAAGGGCUGCUUCUGCUUGCAAGGAUACUUGAGAAACUCAAACGGAACCUGUGUCAAGGCUGAUUUGUGUAAUACCGAUUCCGAAGAAGCUCCGGUUAAUUAUUCGAGCACUCCGUUGCUGCUUCCCGGAAGCUCCGUUCAACUGUCUGAUACGGAAGCUCAAAAAGCAAAUAAAACGAAGGAGGCCACUCUUUCAAAUCAAUAUUGUGGAGAGAACGAAGAGUACCUCCCGUGUGGUACAGCUUGUCCCGCAACUUGUACCAUCCCAGAACCAGAAGUUUGUGGACUGGCCUGCAGCAUGGGCUGUUUCUGCAAGGAGGGUUUUUAUAGAGAUGAGAUUAACCACAAAUGCGUGAAACUGGAGGAUUGUCCUGUUGACACAAGUUUUUGCUUCAACGAGAACGAGGUGUAUGAUAUGUGCAACGCAGCUUGUGAGCCAAGUUGCACAGACCCUGAACCAAUAUGCACUAAGGUUUGUAAAUCUGGCUGCAUCUGUGCGUCUGGGCUGCUAAGGAGUACUGAAGGUGACUGCGUCAGUGUUGAUAAAUGUCCAACAGUGAAUGGAACCGCUCCAGAUGUGCUGACGAAAUACUGGAACGCAAUUAACAAUAUCUUGCACUUGACUGUCGCUUAGUUUGAAAUGGUUGUAUUAAAUUAGUAAAUAAGAAAAUUUUGUAACCGGAGAAAAUUGAAAUUAGUAUAAGAACUUAAGAUAGAUUUUGAUGUACUUUACAUAUUACAAAAAAACAACGAAGAUUUUUUUAUUCGCAACAUUCGAUCCACCAACUUUAUUAUAAUUAUUAUUAUUUAAAAAGUUACGAAUAUAUUUAAAAAAAAAAUAACUUCGGGGCAUAUUUAUUAAAUUAUUAAUUC